AUGGCAGCCUCCCGCCUCGACUUCGGAGAGGUGGAAACUUUCCUGGACAGGCACCCGGAGCUGCUGGAAGACUACUUGAUGCGCAAGGGGAAGCAGGAGCUGGUGGACAAGUGGCUGCAGAGGCGCAGUCAGGGUCCGGGGGCUUCAGGCCCAGGGCCCGCUCCAGCUGAUGCUGGCAUCUUGGCUCACAGCGGUGGCAGAGGCGCCGGGGGUACCGCUGGACCACCGGGCCCUGCCAACAACCAGCCCUCAUCCGGGGUUGCGGAUGGAGCUGGGGUUCCACUGAGUCCCGCCUGGGCCAGUGGCAGCCGGGGCGACGGGAACCUGCAGCGGAGAGCGUCGCAGAAAGAGCUGAGGAAGAGUUUUGCCCGCUCCAAGGCCAUCCACGUGAACAGGACGUACGAUGAACAGGUGACUUCCCGGGCCCAGGAGCCCUUGAGUAGUGUAAGGAGGAGGGCACUGCUCCGAAAGGCCAGCUCUCUACCCCCCACCACGGCCCACAUUCUCAGCGCCCUGCUGGAAUCCAGGGUGAACCUGCCUCAGUAUCCCCCGACCGCCAUCGACUACAAGUGCCACCUCAAAAAGCACAACGAGCGCCAGUUCUUCCUGGAGCUCGUCAAGGACAUCUCCAAUGACCUUGACCUCACCAGCCUGAGCUACAAGAUCCUCAUCUUUGUCUGCCUCAUGGUGGACGCUGACCGCUGCUCUCUCUUUCUCGUGGAAGGGGCAGCCCCUGGCAAGAAGAGUUUGGUCUCCAAGUUCUUUGACGUGCAUGCGGGAACCCCGCUGCUUCCCUGCAGCAGCACGGAGAACUCAAAUGAGGUGCAGGUCCCCUGGGGCAAGGGCAUCAUUGGCUACGUCGGGGAACACGGAGAAACCGUCAACAUUCCAGAUGCCUACCAGGAUCGAAGAUUCAAUGAUGAAAUCGACAAGCUAACUGGAUACAAGACCAAAUCACUUUUGUGCAUGCCUAUCCGAAGCAGUGAUGGUGAGAUCAUUGGUGUGGCCCAAGCGAUAAAUAAGAUCCCUGAAGGUGCUCCAUUCACCGAAGAUGAUGAAAAAGUUAUGCAGAUGUAUCUUCCAUUCUGUGGAAUUGCCAUAUCUAAUGCCCAGCUCUUUGCUGCCUCGAGGAAAGAGUACGAAAGAAGCAGGGCUUUGCUAGAGGUGGUUAAUGACCUCUUUGAAGAACAGACUGAUCUGGAGAAAAUUGUCAAGAAAAUAAUGCAUCGGGCCCAGACUCUGUUGAAAUGUGAACGCUGUUCGGUUUUACUCUUAGAGGACAUUGAAUCACCAGUGGUGAAGUUUACCAAGUCCUUUGAAUUGAUGUCCCCGAAGUGCAGCGCGGACGCUGAGAACAGUUUCAAAGAAAGCAUGGAGAAAUCGUCAUACUCUGACUGGCUGAUAAACAACAGCAUAGCAGAGCUGGUCGCCUCAACAGGUCUUCCUGUGAACAUCAGUGAUGCCUACCAGGACCCGCGCUUUGAUGCUGAGGCCGACCAGAUAUCUGGUUUUCACAUACGAUCUGUUCUCUGUGUCCCUAUUUGGAACAGCAGCCACCAAAUAAUUGGGGUUGCUCAGGUGUUGAAUAGACUUGAUGGGAAGCCUUUUGAUGACGCAGAUCAACGCCUUUUUGAGGCUUUUGUCAUCUUUUGUGGCCUUGGCAUCAAUAACACAAUUAUGUAUGACCAAGUGAAGAAGUCCUGGGCCAAGCAGUCUGUGGCUCUUGAUGUGCUGUCAUACCAUGCGACAUGUUCAAAAGCUGAAGUUGACAAGUUUAAGGCAGCCAACAUCCCUCUGGUGUCAGAACUGGCCAUCGAUGACAUCCAUUUUGAUGACUUUUCCCUCGACGUUGACGCCAUGAUCACAGCUGCUCUUCGGAUGUUCAUGGAGCUGGGGAUGGUGCAAAAAUUUAAAAUCGACUAUGAGACACUGUGUAGGUGGCUUCUGACAGUAAGGAAAAACUAUCGAAUGGUUCUGUACCACAACUGGAGACAUGCCUUCAACGUGUGUCAACUCAUGUUUGCCAUGCUAACCACGGCUGGGUUUCAAGAGAUUCUGACCGAGGUGGAAAUUUUAGCGGUGAUUGUGGGAUGCCUGUGUCAUGACCUCGACCACAGGGGAACCAACAAUGCCUUCCAAGCUAAGAGUGGCUCUGCCCUGGCCCAGCUUUAUGGGACCUCAGCGACCUUGGAGCAUCAUCAUUUCAACCAUGCCGUGAUGAUCCUUCAAAGCGAGGGUCACAACAUCUUUGCUAAUUUGUCCUCCAAGGAAUACAGUGACCUCAUGCAGCUUCUGAAGCAGUCCAUCUUAGCCACAGACCUCACACUGUACUUUGAGAGGAGAACUGAAUUCUUUGAGCUUGUCAGUAAAGGAGACUAUGAUUGGAACAUCAAAAACCAUCGUGAUAUAUUUCGAUCAAUGUUAAUGACAGCCUGUGACCUUGGAGCCGUGACCAAACCGUGGGAGAUCUCCAGACAGGUGGCUGAACUUGUAACCAGUGAGUUCUUUGAACAAGGAGAUCGGGAGAGAUCCGAGCUCAAACUCACUCCUUCAGCUAUUUUUGACCGGAACCGGAAACAUGAACUACCACGGUUGCAAUUAGAGUGGAUUGACAGCAUCUGCAUGCCUUUGUAUCAGGCCUUGGUGAAGGUCAAUGUGAAACUGAAACCGAUGCUGGAUUCAGUGGCUGCAAACCGAAAAAAGUGGGAAGAGCUGCACCAGAAAAGGUCAUUGGCAUCAGCUGCGCCCCGCACACCUGCCAAGGUCACAGCGGGAGGGGAGGACAGGAAGUAAACCACAGUCUUCCCAGAACUGCUGCGAAACGAUGCAGGCCUGAAGGAAGGGUCAGCCUUCACCAGCCACAUCACCCUUCUGUUCUUUUAGCUCAGACAGACCUCAAGUCUUGGCUAUGCUGGGAAGCAUAGCUGGGCUUGCUUGAAAGCAUAGUCAGCAGCAGAGGGACGGAAGGACAAAGGAGGAGGUAAGACAGGGAGGAAGACCAUCGACUUCCUUUAAGGACCCCACACUGCUUGAGACAAAGGGGCAGUGAGUGGAUUGGGUCUAUGGGCUGAGGACGGUCAGCUCAGCUCACUCUGAGGUGAGGGAACACAAUGGUGAAAGCGUUACUCACACUGCUUCUUGACACAUAUGUACAGUAUAUGGCUCUUUCCUGCUACAAGCCAUUUGCUGCCUGCCUUUGCAGCCUUUGCUGGAGUAUCCUUUUGUGCCAGACUAUCCCAGGGACCCAGGUUUGCAUUCUAUAGAGAUAUUUCAUUUUUAAACCCUACAACUUCUUAGUAAUGCACCAAGACUGUUAGAAUCACCUGCCUAAAAGAUAAACUUGUUGUCCUUGUUAGUCAAUCAAUCCCAAUACACAGCCCACAAAGGGCCCAUAGUAAGAAGAUAGUAAACGUGUUCAUCUGUUUGAUUUGCAGCUACAUUGUGAUCAUGGCCCCCCUUUUCCAGAAUUUUUUAAUCUAGCCCUCAUUGUAGACCAAAACUUCCCCCAGGAGGAAUGGAUUAAUAGAUUUAAUUAAAGGAAGAAGGAAAUGUAUAGCCAGAUAUUCCACAAGUGACACACAAGUGUUGUAACUAUUUCUAACACUGAGAGAUAUUUCAUAGGACCCAGCAGAGCCAUGGAGACUGAGCAUGGACUAGCUUGAAGUUUCUUAGUGAUACAUUCAUUUAUUUAAUUGAGAGAGAAUGGGCAUACCAGGACCUCUAGCCACUGUAAAUGAACUCCACACACAGGUACAACCUUAUGCAUGUGACUACGUGGGUACUAGGGAAUCAAACCUAGGUCCUUAGGCUUUACAGGCAAGCAUCUUAACCACUGAGCAAUCUCUUCAACCACAGAAAUAUUUAUUUGUGACAGAUACAGAAAGAU